AUGCACAUGGCGUCCGAUGCCAGCGUCGAGGCCAAGAUUCGGAUCUUUUACUUCCUCCGCUUCUUCCGCCACGUCAUCCAUCCAAUCGAGCUCUUCGUAGACUACGACAUCAGCGCAACCUCGUGGCUGCGCUGGAUCUUCGCGGACCCCGCGUACCAGCAAUGCUUCCUCUUCAUGUAUUUUGCAACAGCCGACAUCACACAGCAGCGUCCGCCCACCCCGGCAACCCUCUACCACAUGCAGCGCACAAUCCGGCUGCUCAACGAGAGCCUCUCGAGUCCCCACCGCAUGGUCGCGGUGCGGGACUCUACUGUAGCCGUUGUGAUUAUCUUGACGAUUUCUUCGUGCAUGAUGGGGGAUGGAUCGGGGGCGAGUGCGCAUAUUGCGGGGUUGCAGCAGAUUAUCAGGGUCCGUGGGGGGUUGCGUACGUUUGGUAGUGAUGCGAAGUUGUUUAUGAAACUCGGGAGAGUGUAUCUAGUGUACGCUCUGCACACGGGCUCGCACGGGGGUCGCCUGUGCACGUACCCAGCCGCGUACAGCCCACGCUACUACGACCUUGGCGCCCCCGAGAUCCCCACGUCCUGCGUGAACCCGUCCGUCUUCGGAGACGCGGACCCGCGCAUCCUCACCCUCUUCCGCGAAUUGCAGUACUACACAUGCAUCAUCAACAGCGCACACCUCGCCAAGCACCGCCGCCCCGCGGACGAGUUCCACAACACCAUCUGCUCCUUCCAGUAUCGGCUCCUGCAGCUGCAGGGGGCAUUUGAUUAG